AUGCUUAUAACUACAAGAUCUUCAAUCUUUUUCCUAUGGAAGAUCAAGAUUAUUACGCUAUUUACAGUCGAGCGCCAGAAAGUAGACAUUGAAACAGAUUUAUGCAAUGUGAAGGAGGAACAAUGCACAUUCUUCACAAAGCCGCGCACACGAACCACAUUGUUACAAAAAAGACGCAGCAGGCAGCAGGGUCCCCGGAAGUUACGUGGGGUACGAAUUUCUCACAUUUAUGAUGAUUGUUUUAGGAUUCAAAUUUUUGUCGUUUCGUCGUUGUCGAAGACAUCGCCGGUAAGGGUCAUAACGACUUUUAGUUGUAUGUACCUGUACCAGGCUUCUUGAAUGUAAGACUUCCCUGCGCCCACCCCAGCUGGUGCGCUGGCCCUUUGGCCGAAGACUUUGGAACUGGACAGGGAAGAGUUGUUAAUAAUGCAAAAACAAAAAGAACGUGACAGUAUGUUGUUGUCUCUAUGUCGACAAUAUUAUUCGCGGGAAAACAAUGGGUAUAACAAUAACUACUGUUCAAAGUUAGUAAGAAGUUUUGAUGAAUUUCAUCAAUUGAAAAUGAUUAUUUAGAAAGUAAUAAACUCAAACUCGUGGUCUGUCCUUCAUUCUACUUUGUAGUUUGUUGUAGCAGGUAUUAAGUAGAUAAGUUGUUGUAGAAGUAGGAGAAGUAGUUACAACAACAGUGAGCAACAUGCGUUUUACGACAAUCAACAAUGCACUACUUCUAGUUCCACCAAUACUACAACUACUUAUCCUAAUAUUUGCUUGUUCGAUCUGAAAUCAAUGACUCAUCCAUAAUACCUGCACAGAAAAAUCUCUUUCAUCCUUGUUAGACCCUUCAGAACGGCAUAGACUUAAACCCCAUGAGUCUCAGUUUAAGUACAUACCCCUCCAGAAAAAGAAUUUUCUCUUCGUUUUAGCUUCUACGUACUUCUUACGAAGUACUAGAGGUGACAAAGCGAAUCAAGAGGGCUUCCGCUUAUCCUUUUGUGGCUUGCUGAGAGGGCUUACCAAGAACGGCGAACUUCUCAAAAUCAUAAACAUAAUUGUGCAUAGGAGGUACAUAAUAAUGCCAUGUUUUAGGAUCCGAAACAGCAAGGAUUAAGUAUAGCCGCCGACAACAUAAAGAACAUCACGAUCUCAGUAGGUUUAUGAUGAGGUAUUUUUCGGGCUAGUAUCUUCGUCACUGAAUAAAGAUUCAUAGAGUUGUAUUUGUAUUACUGAUGCAGCUGCAAGAUGAGCACGCGGCGAAAAUACCAGCACUCACGAGAACAUACUAUUACUACAGAAAUAUGAAGGCGAAUGUUGAACGAUGAUAGAGUCCCCUCUCAGAUGGAAGCAUCGAUGUCAUCUUCGCAUGGUGGAUUUAAACAAGAGCAUUGAUGUGACCUUCGCAAACUAAGUUGAUGUGUAACCAACCAUCUUCAUGUUCAUCUUCAAAAAGAAUGUGUAGAAGUAUUCCGUCCUAGCAGUGGCAU